CAGCGGCCCCUGAGCUCAUGGAGCCCUCGGCCACGCCAGCGGCCCAGACGGGGGUCCCCACUGGCAGCGAGGAGCCGUCGCCCGCGCUGCUCGACUAUGACGACCAGCUCCUGCUCUAUCUGUGGCGUGACUACCUGUACCCCAAGCAGUACGAGUGGGUUCUCAUCGCCGCCUACGUGGCUGUGUUCCUCGUGGCCCUGGUGGGCAAUGCACUGGUCUGCCUGGCCGUGUGGCAGAACCAGCACAUGAGGACCGUCACCAACUACUUCAUCGUCAACCUGUCCCUGGCCGACGUGCUGGUGACCGCCAUCUGCCUGCCGGCCAGCUUGCUGGUGGACAUCACCGAGUCCUGGCUCUUUGGCCCUGCCCUCUGCAAAGUCAUCCCCUAUCUGCAGGCCGUGUCUGUGUCCGUAGCAGUGCUGACUCUGAGCUUCAUCGCCCUGGACCGCUGGUACGCCAUCUGCCACCCGCUGCUGUUCCGGAGCAUGGCCCGGCGUGCCCGGGGCUCCAUCCUGGGCAUCUGGGCGGUGUCACUGGCCAUCAUGAUGCCCCAGGCUGCUGUCAUGGAGUGCAGGAGCAUGCUGCCGGAGCUGGCCAACCGCACUCGGCUCUUCUCCAUCUGUGACGAGCACUGGGCAGACGACCUCUACCCCAAGAUCUACCACAGCUGCUUCUUCAUUGUCACCUACCUGGCCCCGCUGGGCCUCAUGGCCAUGGCCUAUUUCCAGAUCUUCCGUAGGCUCUGGGGCCGCCAGGUCCCCGGCACCGCAUCUGCCCUGGUGCGGGACUGGACCUGGCCCUCCGCCCGGCAGCAGGAGCCCCGGCCCCGGGCACAGGCCUUCCUGGCCGAGGUGAAGCAGAUGCGAGCGCGGAGGAAGACGGCCAAGAUGCUGAUGGUGGUGCUGCUGGUCUUCGCGCUCUGCUACCUGCCCAUCAGCGUCCUCAAUGUCCUCAAAAGGGUGUUCGGGAUGUUCCGCCACGCCCACGACCGCGAAGCCGUCUACGCCUGCUUCACCCUCUCCCACUGGCUGGUGUACGCCAACAGUGCCGCCAACCCCGUCAUCUACAGCUUCCUCAGUGGCAAAUUCCGGGAGCAGUUUAAGGCCGCCUUCUCCUGCUGCCUGCCUAGCCUGGGUCCCUGUGGCUCUUUGAAGGCCCCCAGUCGCCGCACCUCUGCCAGGCACAAGUCUUUGUCCCCGCAGAGCCGCUGCUCGGUCUCCAGAGUCUCCGAGCACGUGGUGCUCACCGGCGUCACCACAGUGUUGCCCUGAGGGAGGGCGGCCUGGAGCUCAUGACCACCGGGCUCUCACCUGGCCACACCCACUGUGCCACCGGCCGGGCGUGGCCUUCCUCCCACACACCAGUCUGUGACAUCACACGCACAAGGCCCUCAGGCGUUCAGUCUGGCCCGGGGUCUCCUCAAGCCCAGGACUGUACUUGGCCAGCUGUCGGCCGCCUGGCCCGGCCCAUCCACCAGGAGCAGCACACACCCUCCCCCGGCACUCCCCGGGGCGCCGGCUCUGUGGGCACAGAGUACUCUCCCUGUGGCCACUUGGCAGGCCUGGAGGCCGGCAGCCAGAAGCAACGUAAUGAAAGGCCCGGC